AAACCACAUAAGUAAACUGUAAGACAAGAGACAAUUGAAAGGCCCCGUAAAUGGUGCCUAAUAGUCCCAUUUUGCUUAGCAUCAAUGCACCGCACACAAAACCACCUAAUGUGAAUAAUGGCGGGCCCCACAAAGAAACCGCGAAAACCCGAGGAGCCUACCGAGUCCGGCGACGAGUCCAUGAGCGAGGAAAGCGACGAGGGCACCUACCAUGGACAACAAGAAGUGCAGGCAACCUUCGAGGGCAGAAACCCCGAACGUCAAGAUUUCCAUGGGAUCAAGCAGCUUUUGUUGCAAUUAUUUCUAAAAGCCCAUGUAGACCUGGGGCAACUCUCUGACAUGUUAAUUGCCCAAAAUGGAAUCGGUUCUGUAUUAAAACAAAGCUGUAAUGAUAGUGACGACGAAGAUGAUAUGGAGUUAACUGAAGAUUCCGAUGUAUUCGGUAUAACUAGUGUGAUAAAUUUGACUUCCCAUCGGGAAACUCCUUGCGUGCAACAGUUUUAUGCUCUCCUAGACGAGAUGACUGCACAGCAUGCCAGUGAGGAGGUUAAAGGGGCUGUUAAGAAAAUUCUUGACGGAGGCACUAAACUUGGUUUUCUGAUUAACGAAAGGUUCGUUAACAUCCCUGCCAAAAUAUCUGCUUUAAUGCUCAACACUUUAUACGAAGAACUGGAAAGGAUGAAGAAAAAAGACAAGUCGUAUGAGUUUGAUUAUUUUAUACUUAUCAGUAAAACUUCCAGGCCCAAAGGAGAAAACGAGGGUGAGGAGCUGUUUUCCAAUGACGAAGAAGAGGUUUUUAAAAAAUCCGCAGACGUAACGUUCGAUUUCAGUGUGGAAAAUCAAUGCGAUUCAGGUCUGGCCGGCAAGUGGCUCUCCGAGGAUCAACAGUUGACCCCAUUUAGGAGAGUUAUAAUAUUUAAGGGAAGCCAGUUGAAAAGUAUUGUAGAUGAAAUAACCACUUUAGUGCAGUAAUAAAAUAAAGGUAUUUUUUA